GUACCAACAAUCAUUACUUGGUCUCAAGGUGGAAACAAUGUAUAUGUAACAGGAACAUUCAAUGGUUGGAAACAUAAAAUCAAAUUGAUUCAAAGUACGCAUGAUUUCAGUACAGUGUUAGAUCUACCUCUUGGGACCCAUCGAUUAAAAUUCAUAGUGGAUGAUGAAUGGAAAUGUUCAAAUGAUAUGGAAACAGCGACAGAUCCUGAUGGCAAUCUUGUCAACUAUUUACAAGUGAUAGAUGAAAAUGAUAUGGAAGAAGAUAUGAUGGAUGGUGGAUUAGCAACGCCUACGGAAGAAUAUACAUCCAUGAUUCCCAAAGAACUUUUAUUAUUAUCGGAAGCAAUGCAAGAAGACAAUGACGUGAUGGAUUCUCAACAAAAACGAGCCAUCUUGGAAUGGGAACGAAAAUUACCUCAACCCCCCACUUUACCUCCUCAUCUGGAAAAAGUCAUGUUGAAUGCUCAAGCUGUUAGUGAUGAAGAUAAUUCUGUAUUACCGGUACCCAAUCAUGUCACCCUCAACCAUUUAUAUGCUUGCUCUAUUAAGGAUCAUGUCAUGGCUUUAGCUACCACUACUCGCUACAGGAAAAAGGUAUCUUCAAAAAAAAAAAAAAAUGGGGUGUCAUGGAUUUGA